AUGCAAGUUCCAUGUCGAACCAAAAAUGUUAAUAAAUAUUAUAAAGUGAUUACUGAAGUAGGUUCAGGGACAUAUGGAAAGGUAUAUAAGGCAAAAUGUUUAAAAACAAAUGAUUUUGUUGCAUUAAAGAAAAUUGAUACCAAAGAUUAAAAAAUUAUGGCAGAAGGUAUAAAUUACUUAUAAUAUAAUUUUUAGGAUUCCCAAUAACAGCCAUAAGAGAAAUCAAAUUGUUAAAAAUAAUGAAUCAUAAAAAUAUUUUGAGAUUAAGAGAAAUUAUUGUGAGUAAAGCAUCUCAUAGAAAUAAUUUCAGAGGAUCAACAUUCUUAGUUUUUGAUUAUUAUGAUCAUGAUUUUGCAGGUCUUCAGAGAUAACGAAAUAUAUUCACAUUACCAUAAUUAAAAUGCAUUUUUAAAUAACUCUUAGAAGGUGUUAAAUAUCUACAUGAAAGUAAAAUUAUACAUAGAGAUUUGAAAUGUGCAAAUAUACUCAUGAAUAAUAAAGGGUAAGUAACAUUAGCUGAUUUUGGUUUGGCUAGAACCUUAUCUAAUAUGAGUAAUCCUAAAUAUACAUACAAAGUAGUUACACUUUGGUAUAGAGCACCAGAACUUUUAUUGGGAUAGACUAAUUAUAAUACAUAAAUUGAUAUGUGGAGUUUAGGUUGUAUUUUUACAGAAUUAAUAACAGGAGAUAUACUUUUUAAAGGUGAUAUUGAAUAUCGUUAAAUGGAAAAGAUUUAUGAAUUAUGUGGUAGUGCUAAUGAAUAGAAUUGGCCUAAUUGUAUCAAUUUAAGAUUAUGGGAAGAAUUCAAACCUAGAAGAAAUUAUGAGAGAUUACUUACUAAACAUAUCAAGGAACUUUGUUAAAUAUAUAAUAAAUAGAUUGAUUAAGUUACUUUAGAUUUAAUUGAAUAAUUAUUAACACUUGAUCCAAAUAAACGAUUAAAUGCAACUUAAGCUUUAAAUCAUGAAUUUUUUAAAUAAGAUCCAAAACCUUGUUAAUAAAAUGAAAUGCCUUAAUUUGACAAAGAAUUUCAUGAAACACUUAUGAAAAAUGAUAUUAGAUUAUAAUAACUUAGAAAUGAUAAAGUUUAGUCUAGACCUUAAUAGAUUACUAAUUAAAAAUUUUAAAAAUUAAUAAAAGAUGAAAGAAACUAAUCUAGACCAUAAGUUUAAUAAUAGUCUCCUUAAAGAGAUAUCAAAAAUAAUUAAGAAAUAGAUUAUUAUGAUUUAUUAAAAAUUGAAAUAGAGGAAAAGAAGAGAGUAAAAUUAAAUUGA